UUCCAACUUCCAAUCGCGAAAGGAAACAAAUCCACAUUGGAUUCAUUCUCUGCUGACACAUUUUCUCUUUCUCUCUCUACACUUUCCUCUGCUUCACUUCGCCGACAAGAACUCUCAGGAUUCGAACCAUGUACGACUAAAUAUCUAUGGUCAUGUGAUUGUGGCAUCGUUCUAUGUGCAAAAGUUGAGGCCAAAAUCUAUUGGGGACGACUAAAUAUUUUGGAAUUUGAUAAUGGUAUCAGUUGUAGAUGAAGUGAAUGAUCCAAAAUGAUAGAUAAUGUUAUCUUUGAUUUACAGUAGUACUGCUUAUCUUCAUUGUUUGUGCCAACAAUGCGUGGCCUUAUUAAUGGAGAAAUGAAGGGGAAAGGUUUGUUGAAUCUGGUUCUAUUUUUUCCAAUUUGAGAUUGAGUCACUCGGCAAGUAUGUAUUAUAGUGACGGUUACACUGCUCAAGUUACAAACUUAUCCCCAAGAGCAACAGAGAAUGAUGUGCACAAUUUUUUUUCAUACUGUGGUGUAAUUGAAAAUGUUGAAAUAAUAAGAUCUGGUGAAAUUGCAGCUACUGCAUAUGUGACUUAUCGGGAUGCUUAUGCCCUGGAAACUGCAUUAUUGCUAAAUGGAUCAAUGAUAUUGGACCAAUGUAUAUUCAUUUCACGCUAUGAAGCUUACUUAAAUGACUCUGAUAAUUGGAGCAGUCAUGCGUCAAGGCCUGAAGACAGUUUUACAACCUCGCAAGAUGUUCACAUGGAUAAGUUUGUUUCUUCCCCUGGAGAAGCACUAACUCUGGCUCAGGAGGUUGUCAAAACAAUGGUGGCUAAGGGAUAUGUGUUGAGCAAAGAUGCAUUUGUCAUGGCAAAAGCUUUUGAUGAAUCUCAUAGUGUAUCAUCUACAGCAGCAUCCAAGGUUGCUGAACUCAGCAACAAAAUUGGCUUGACUGAUACCAUUAAUUCAGGCAUCGAAACUUUUAAGUCUGUGGAUGAGAAGUAUCAUGUGACAGAUUUCACCAAAUCAGCUGCAACAGUGACAGGGACAACAGCUAUAGUUGUGGCAACGGUUACCGGGAAAGCUGCCAUUGCAGCCGGAAGUGCUGUAGUCAACAGUAGCUACUUUGCCAAAGGAGCUCUUUGGGUGUCGGAUAUGUUGACACGUGCAGCAAAAGCGGCUGCUGAUUUGGGUCAGCAUGAACAGAAAUGAAAAUCUAAACAUAAACUGCUGUCUUAUAAGUUUAGUUAUUGAACACAAACAAACAGAAGCAUUUGUUUGUUGAUAUAUACUGUAUUAUAAGUCAUGAACUUGCUUUACAUGUGUGGCUACUCAUCUGGUGCAAAUGUGUUCAUAUCAGUAGUUUUGGAGAAUCCAUGGUUAGCAGCCACUAAUUUGUGUAUCCUUUUAUAAAAUAUAGCACAUGUUACAAUUUUAAGUUGUAAGUAACUAAGUACCAAGUUUCUUGUCUACUUUAAUAUUCAAUGUGCCUAAAGUUAUAUUAA